AUGGAGAAGUGGGAGAGAGAGAGAGGGAGAGAGAAAGAGAGAUGGAGUGAGAGACACAGACUGAGGGAGAGACAGAGAGAAUAAGGGAGGUGGGAGGAGCGAGUGCUGUGAGAGGGAGAGAGAGAAAAGAGAGAGGGGGAUCAGUUUACCACCGUGACCAGCAAACACAACAGAGUGAGUGUGAGUGUGUGAAGACGUCUUUCAAGUGUGUAUGAGUGUGUGUGUGUGUGUGAGUGUGUGUGUGUGUAAACAGUGUCUCAGAACUGGCAGAAUCAGCAGCAUGCAGAACAUCCCGGAAGAAUGGACACAGACGGAGGAGAGAUCGGAUGGAGGACAGAAGGAGGAGACGGGGGAAUGUGAGACGCUGAUGAUGGAGCUGAAUCGUCUCGUCCAGAAGACUGUGAGAGACAGCAGCUGGUGGGACAGGAGAGGACUGGACUGCACCAUCCUGGCUUCGGCUUUCAUCAGCCUGCCCUCAGCGUUCCUGCUGUUGUCCUCAUCUCAGGUGUGUUACUUCCUGUUGGGCUUGAUUCUGAUGGGCGUGGCUCAUGCAGUGAUCACGGUGAAGGGAACUCACCUGGCCAGUCAUGGAGCUCUGAGCGACUCCACCUUCUGGAAACAGUUCUGGGCCAUCUUCUUCAUCGAGGUGUGUGGAGCGUUCACAGCAAAUGCGGGUGUGAAAGCACACAUUAAGAUGCACCACGCUCACACUAACGUGAUCGGACUCGGAGACUCGAGCACGUGGAAGAUUCCGUUCCUGCCCCGAAGUGUUUAUCUGUUCAUCGCUCCACUCGCUGUGCCCAUCAUCACUCCUUUAGUGGCCUUGGGGCAGCUGAAAGGUCAGCCUCUGUGCACAGCAGCACGUACGGUGGUGUGUGUGUGUCUAGGUGUGUGUUCUCACUAUGUUGUGCUGCGGUGUGUAUCGGGGUUGGAAUGUAGCUCAGCGCUGCUGGUGAUGCUGCUGAGCAGAGCCAUGUUCUCCAUCCCAUACAUCCAUGUCAACAUCUUCCAGCACAUUGGGUUGCCGAUGUUUUCUCCAAAUCGUCGGCCAAAGCGGAUCUACCAGAUGAGCCAUGGUGUGUUAAACUUGCCCCGGAACCCACUGUUGGACUGGACCUUCGGCCACUCGCUCAUCAACUGCCACGUGGAGCAUCACCUGUUCCCUUCGCUGUCCGACAACAUGUGCCUCAAGGUGAAGCCAAUCGUUUCGCGGUACCUGAAGGUGAAGGCAUUGCCAUAUCAGGAGGACGGCUAUCUCUCUCGCCUGCGUCUCUUCUUCCACAAGUACCAGGAGCUGAUGGUGUUUGCUCCACCUAUAAUUGAGUUGGUGGGGGUGCAGUAA